AUGUUGUCUGAUGAAGAUAAUGAAGCACCGAAGACCAUAGACAGAGAUGAGUCAAAGGUUGAAGCCCCCAGUGAACGACCAUCUUGGGCCAAUAAAGUUGAAUACCUCCUGGCCCAAGUGGGCUUCUCUGUAGGGCUGGGCAGCAUCUGGCGCUUUCCUUAUUUGUGUUUUCACAACGGAGGUGGUAGUUUUAUCAUCAUGUACAUCCUCAUGCUGUUCUUGAUUGGAGUUCCUCUUCUCAUCCUGGAGAUGGCAGCUGGCCAGAAGCUGCAUCAGGGCAGCAUUGGUGCAUGGAAGUUCAUUAGCCCCUGGAUUGGUGGUGUGGGGUAUGCCAGCUUCAUGGUGUCCAUCAUCGUGGGCUUAUACUACAGCAUGAUCAUGGCCUGGAGUCUCUUCUAUUUGGUUCAGUCUUUCCAGUCCCCACUGCCUUGGUCAUUGUGCCCCGCCCUGAAGAACAACAGUAAUUUCGAUCCAGAAUGUGCACGGACGACAACCACAACAUACUUCUGGUAUCGGAAAGUGUUGAAAGCUUCAGAUGAAAUUGAGAUAGGUGGGCUACCAGACUUUCAUCUCAGUCUGUCUCUCUUUGUGACCUGGUUACUAAUCUGCAUCACCAUGAUGAAAGGGCCCAGGUCCACUGGGAAGAUGCUGUACAUCUCAGUACUUCUUCCCUAUCUCAUCAUUUUUGGUUUCCUUAUCGAGACACUGCAGCUGGAAGGUGCAUUUUUUGGUGUCAAGACUUUGUUAGCUGCCAAGGUGACAGCCCUGUACUCUAUGGAAAUGUGGAGCCGGACAGGGAACCAGAUAUUUUUGUCCAUGGGAACUGGCUUUGGCAGCUUCACUGCAAUCAGCUCAUAUAUGCCUCGGUCCAACAACUGUAUCACUGAUGCCUUUGCUGUGGCUAUUCUCAAUUUGGUUACCUCAAUUACUGCUACAUUGGUUUUAUUUUCCAUAAUGGGCCAUGGAGCCACAGUGAGCACCCAAAAAUGUUACCUGAAGAACGCUGACCUGGUGAUGGAUCUGGUAGUGACAGGAACACUGCCGCCUGAGGCCCGGCCCCCGGAUAGUCUGUAUCAUGAUCCAAGCCUCGUUUAUUCAAUGUGGCUCAAUAGCCUCCCUGAGGAACUCAGAAGUGAAAUCCUACGACAUUUGACUAAUUGCAACACAACUUGGCAUUUGAAAGAAGUUAUGGAGGGUCCAGGUGUGGCAUUUGUGGCAUUUACCAACCUCAUCUCGGUGUUUUCUGGACCCACUUUGUGGGCCAUCAUUAUCUUCAUAUUGGUGGUGAACCUGGGGAUAAGCACCAUGCUAGGGAUAGUACUGGGCAUCAUUACCCCUCUACAGGACACUUUCUCUUUCCUCAGGAAACAUACAAAGCUGCUCACAGUGAGUGUCUGUGUACCUAUGUUCCUGGGCAGCCUCAUUUUUGCAAGGCCUUCGGGCAGCUACUGUUUAAAACUGCUGGAUGAUUAUUGGGCAUCUCUGCCCCUCUUCUUCAUUGUCAUCUUGGAGACCGUGGGCACGGCCUGGAUCUAUGGGGUCAGGAGGUUCUAUGCAGACCUGAAUACCAUGUUGGGCCACACUGUCUGCCCCAUGUAUCGUUGGCUGUGGCACUUUCUGUCUCCAGUUGCGCUGAUAAUCCUGUUAUUGUCCACCCUGCUUCGUUUUUAUGUGAUGGACAUCACCUACGUGGCCUGGGACUCAAACAUUUCAAAUGAGGUGAUCCGAACCUAUCCACCGUGGGCUAAAAUCUUGCUCUUGCUUCUUGUCAUCAUAACCAUCUUGCCCAUCCCUGCCUACUUCUUGUAUAACUUCUCUCACAUGAUUCUCACAGUCUGCACAAUCCCUAGUAAGACCACAAUUUUCAUUAAACCUGAAGAUAAAAUUGACCCAGAGAACUCUCAUCCAUGGAUGCAAGAGAGGCAAAGCCCCCAAUGA